CCCGUGGCCAACACAGCCUGCGUGUUUCCCCAUCAUCCUUCAAGCGGUGCCGGGCUGGGAGAUAUGAGCAGGUCACGGUCCAUGGCCUGUAGAUCCUGCCAUCAAGCAGGUGCAGUCUGGCCAGGUGUCCAGGUGGGCCCCCCCAGGUUGCCCCAAAUCCUCGCCCCUCCCUACCCACACACCUUAUCUGCACCCCUGCCUGCUCCCAGAACCUGCACUGGCCACCACCUGUCAUGCUGCCUCUCCUCAGCCUAGUGGCCCUCCUGGUCCCUGGGAAACCGGCCCCCCUAUGUCUCUCAAGGCAGCUCAGUGCCAGCGGGGACUAUAUGCUUGGGGGACUCUUCCCCCUGUGCUCCGCUGCUGACUCGUGUCCAGGUGACAGGACCCAGCCCCACGAUGUCCCAUGCCCCAGGGUCUCUGCCCUGGGCCUGCUCUGGGCGCUGGCGGUGAUGAUGGCCGUGGAGGAGAUCAACAACAGCUCUACGCUGCUCCCGGGCCUGCGUCUCGGUCAUGACCUCCUGGACACCGGCUCAGAGCCCGCGGCAGCCAUGCAGCCCAGCCUUCGGCUCAUGGCCCGGGCAGGCAGCUCCAGCGUGGCCGCUCACUGCGACUAUGCACACUACCGGCCCCGCGUGCUGGCCGUCAUCGGGCCCCACUCGUCAGAGCUCGCCCUGGUCACCGGCAAGCUCUUUGGCUUCUUCCUCGUGCCGCAGGUCAGCUACGGCGCCAGCACCGACCGGCUGAGCCAGCGCGAGAACUUCCCGUCCUUCUUCCGCACGGUGCCCAGAGACCGCGUACAGGCCAGGGCGAUGGUGGCCCUGCUUCACGCGCUGCGCUGGAACUGGGUGGCCGCCUUGGGCAGCGAUGACGAGUAUGGCCGGCAGGGCCUGAGCCGCUUCUCCAGCCUGGCCAGCGCGCAGGGCAUCUGCGUGGCCCACGAGGGGCUGGUGCCGCUGCCCCGGCCGCCGGGGACCCCGCGGCUGGGUGCCCUGCAGGACCUGCUGCGCCGGGUGAACCAGAGCCGCGUGCAGGUGGUGGUAGUGUUCGCCUCGGCCCCGGCUGCCCAGGUCCUCUUCACCCACAGCACGCGCAGCGGGCUCUCCCCCAAGGUGUGGGUGGCCAGCGAGGCCUGGCUCACCUCCGAGCAGGUCAUGAAGCUGCCCGGCAUGGCGCAGGCGGGCACCGUGCUGGGCUUCCUGCAGCGGGGGGCGCCCCUGCCAGACUUCCCUGCCUAUGUGCGGGGCCGCCUGGCUCUGGCCGCGGACCCUGCCUUCUGCUCCUCGCUGGCCAACGAGCAGCCAGGAGAGGUCAACAUGACGGGGCCGCGCUGCCUGCAAUGUGACCGAAUCUCUCCAGACAGCGUGUCCGUGGGGCUGCCCCAUCACCAGACCUUCGCUGCCUAUGCCGCCGUGUACGGCGUGGCCCAGGCACUCCAUGAUGCUCUGGCCUGUGACCCUGCAGCCGGCUGCCUCCAGGGGCCCCUGAAGCCUGGGCAGCUCCUGCAGAAAAUGUACAAUACCAGCUUCCACGUGCGCGGGCUGGAGCUGCGGUUCGACGCAUCGGGGAACGUGGCCUUGGACCACGACCUGAAGCUCUGGGUUUGGGGGGCCCUGGGACCCAAGCUGCACACCGUGGGCCGAUUCGACGGCCACCUGAGGCUGCAACGCCACCAGAUGCGCUGGCACACGCCAGGGAACCAGGAGCCCGUAUCCCAGUGCUCGCCGCAGUGUGAGGAGGGCCAGGUGCGCCGUGUGAAAGGUUUCCACUCCUGCUGCUACGACUGCACAGACUGCACGCCUGGCAGCUACCAGCACAGCCCCGGUGACACUCUCUGCAGCCGGUGUGGUCCUGCCCAGUGGUCGCCGGCCCGGAGCUCCCGUUGCUUCUCCCGCACCCCCAGGUUCCUGGCCUGGGGGGACCCUGUGGUGCUAAUGCUGCUCCUAGCACUUGGCCUGGUGCUCAGCCUGGCGCUGGGUGCCCUGGGGCUCUUCCUGCAGCACCGGCACAGCCCCCUGGUGCGGGCCUCCGGCGGGUCUCGUGCCAGCUUCAGCCUGGCCUGCCUGGGCCUCGGUUGCCUCAGUGUCCUGCUGCUCCCCGGCCGGCCCAGCCCCGCCCGCUGCCUGACCCAGCCGCUGCUGCUGCUGCUCCCCUUCACGGGCAGCCUGAGCAUGCUCUUCCUGCAAUGCGCCCAAGUCUUCGCGGGGUCGGCGCUGCCUCCGGGCUGGGCAGGGCGGCUGCAAGACUGUCUGCGGGGCCCCAGGGCCUGGCUGGCAGUUCUGUUGGCGGUGCUGGUGCAGGCAGCUCUGUGCGGCUGGUCUCUGGCAGCCUUCCCAAUGUGGGUUGAGGCCGAUUGGCAGAUACUGCCCACAGAGGUGUUGCUGCGGUGUGGGCCACGCUCCUGGGUGAGCAUCGGCCUGACGCACGUGCCCAGUACCACCCUGGCCUUCCUCUGCUUCCUGGGCACCUUCCUAGCCAGGAGCCCAGCUGGCCGCUACAACCAGGCGCACGGCCUCACCUUCGCCGCUCUUGCCUACCUGCUGACCUGGACAUCCUUCAUCCCACUCUCGGCCAGCGUGCACGUGGCCUACCAGCCGGCUGUGCUGAUGGGCGCCACCCUCCUCUCGGCCCUGGGCAUCCUGGCCACCUUCUACCUGCCCAAGUGCUACCUGCUGCAGUGGCGACCACACUGCAACACGCCCCAGUUCUUCCUGGGCGAGGGGCUAGAUGAGGGCGGUCGAGACUCACAGCUCAGCACCCGUGGCACCCGCUGACUGUGGGCCCACAUUCAG